AAGAAAGAAAGUGCUCCCUGUGAAAAACAUAUAGGUUUUGGGGUUUGGCUCCAUGAUUGAAAGCGUUUCAAGUAACUUCGGUGAACUUCACAACUGAAACGAUGGGAUCAGAGAAUAGGCAGACCUGUAACCCUGAUGCUGCCACCAAAGGCCACAAGAGAAAGCGUUAUCUUCCUCACAAUAAACCGGUGAAGAAGAAAGGUUCACAUCCAUUGCGCCCUGGCGUACAAGGUUUUUUCAUCACUUGCGAUGGCGGUAGGGAACAUCAAGCCUCCAGGGAAGCUCUCAGUAUUAUUGAAUCGUUUUAUGAAGAGCUAUUUCAUGGUGAAGAUUCAAAUGUUAAACAGUUACCCGAUAAACCUUUGAAUACCAAAAUCACAUUUUCAGAUUCUGACUCUUCUAGUAGCGAUGAUGAUGAUGCUCAUGAGGGGGAGGAGGAGGCUCAAGGGGAAGAGGAAAAGGGAAAGAAGGAUAAUUCCGAUAUUUCUAAUUCUAAUGAUGAUAAUGCUAAUCAUGGGAAUGAAACCUUUGAAGAAUCAGAUUCUCAUAAAAUUGUUGAUGGGCAAGCGCAGGAAGAGGAAAAUGCUGAUGAACCACAAGCAAAGAAACAAUGCUGCAAAAUAGAUGGGCCAGCAUGUGAUUCUGAUAGUAAAGGGCAAGAGAAGUCUAUUGACAGGUUGAUUGAAGCUGAACUCAAAGUACUGGCAGACAAGAAUAAGAGGUGUUUCGUCAAGUUAGACUCAGGCUGUAACGGAGUUGUAUUUGUUCAAAUGCGAAUGAAAUAUGUAGGCCCAGGCCCCAAAGACAUAGUACAGCACAUGGUGACAUCUGCUGCAUCGACCAAAAAACAUAUGUCAAGGUUCAUCUUGAGAAUUUUGCCAAUUGAACUAGCUUGCUAUGCUUCAGAAGAGGAAAUCUCAAAAGCAAUCAAGCCUCUAGUAGAAUGUUAUUUUCCUUUGGAAACUCAAAACCCACAGAAGGCUAGGUCAUGGGCUGAAGAUAUGAUGGCUGAAGAUAUGAAGGGUGGACAGUUUGCUGUACUGUACGAGGCCCGUGCGAAUAGUGGUAUUGACAGGAUGAAGAUUAUUGACGCUGUUGCAAGAUCAGUUCCUGGACCACAUAAAGUUGAUCUUAAAAAUCCUGACAAAACCAUCGUAGUUGAAAUUGUCAAGACUGUAUGCUUGGUCGGCGUCAUUGAAAAAUACAAGGAAUUAGCCAAGUAUAAUAUCAGGCAGUUAACAUCGACAAAAGGCUGAAUGGUACGCGAAGUUGCUUCAAUUUGUUCAUUCUCUUCCUAGUUAGCAAACUGUUCGUAUAAUUAUUACUGUAUUUUUUUAUUACACAAUUAUUAUGUAUUUUAUUACUGAAUCUUGAGAUUAUUAAAGCUGUAAUCUUAGGAAUUUCUAGUUUAAGAACCCUUUUUAUAUCUAUCAUGUUACUGAAGCAGAUUUGGAUGCAA